UUAUAGGCCAGCCUUCUUUGUAAACACUUCAGAAGUUGCACUUAGACACAAAGAAACCAAGAAAAAUGAAAAGAAUGGCAAAGAAAUACAGUUCUUGGCUAUUGUUAACUCAACUUGUAGUACUAGUGACUACUAUUGAAGCCAAAGUUCCAGCUAUUAUUGUUUUUGGAGAUUCUUCUGUUGAUGCUGGGAAUAAUGACUACAUUCCAACUGUGGCCAGGAGCAAUUUUGAGCCAUAUGGUCGUGACUUCCAAGGUGGCCGGCCGACCGGAAGAUUCUCUAAUGGUAGAAUUACUUCGGAUUUUAUAUCAGAAAUAAUGGGUCUAAAGCCAACCAUCCCACCCUACUUGGAUCCUUCUUAUAACAUAUCAGAUUUUGCUGUUGGGGUUACUUUUGCUUCUGCUGCAACUGGCUAUGAUAAUGCCACUUCUGAUGUGCUAUCUGUGAUACCGUUUUGGCAGCAGUUGGAGUUUUACAAAAAUUAUCAGAAGAGACUAAAAGCCUAUCUCGGAGAAGCAAAAGGAGAGGAAACUAUAUCGGAGGCAUUGCACCUAAUAAGCAUAGGAACAAACGACUUCCUAGAGAACUACUAUGCAAUUCCAGGUGGCCGAUCAGCUCAGUACAGCAUCAGACAAUACGAAGAUUUCCUUGCAGGAAUUGCUGAAAUUUUCGUGAGGAAAUUAUAUGCUCUGGGUGCUCGAAAAAUAUCGCUUGGAGGGUUGCCCCCAAUGGGUUGUAUGCCACUAGAGAGAUCAACAAAUAUUAUGGGUGGAAAUGAAUGUGUAGAGAGAUAUAACAAUGUUGCUUUGGAGUUCAAUGGAAAGUUAAACAGCUUGGCAACGAAGCUGAACAAGGAACUUCCUGGAAUAAAACUGGUUUUUUCAAACCCGUAUUAUAUUUUCUUGCAUAUCAUCAAAAAUCCCUCUUCAUAUGGAUUUCAAGUGACAUCAGUGGCAUGUUGUGCGACAGGGAUGUUUGAGAUGGGGUACGCAUGCGCUAGAAAUAGCCCAUUUACAUGCACGAAUGCAGACGAGUAUGUGUUUUGGGAUUCUUUCCAUCCUACUCAGAAAACUAAUCAGAUCAUUGCCAACUAUGUGGUCAGGCGUACCCUUUCAAAGCUCAACUAAAUCUUCAAAUUCUCUUUAUAUACAUGUUAUGUUUAAGCAUGCAUGCAUGCCUUUUGCCCACUUCAUAUACUUACUAUAUGUAUAAUUAGUCUGUACUGUUAUUUUUAGGUUAGUAUAUAAAUAGAUAUGUUUUCUCUGCUAAAAACUAUAUAUAAAAGAGUUAUAUAUUUGUGA